AUGGUGCCUGAAACAAGAGCUGAGACUUUUGACUUCCCGAGGUUAAUGAACAAGUGUCUAUGGCUGGACUAUCCAGAAAGGAACGAAGAAUUCAGAAAAGCCAUGUUGCCUGUUCAUCUACCCGUAUUUCACUACCAGAGGACAAUGGAAAAGUUGCCCCCAAGUCCAGGGCGCUGGAGACAACACCCUAACAAGCCUGGAGCAGUGCCCUAUUGCUAUGCCCAAAAACCAGAGAGCUGCAUGCACUGGUUCAACUGGUAUUCUGAAGACAAAGAGGCCAGCAGAGUGUUAUGGAAAACACGAGAUCACCCCAGGAGCAAGCCCAUCCUACACUUCAGGGUCUCGAGCACUGAAGAUCCCCUGAAGCAGAAAAGAUUAAAGGAACUGACCCAAAGCCUGACCUCACCCCUUGAGGAAGAGCAGCACUAUGCAGCCCAGGCUCUGGGGUGUCUGGGCAUCAGGGAUCAGUUUAUCAUGGAGGCUCUGCUUUGGGCGGCCCACAACAGCCCAGAGAGAGUGAGGUAUGAGGCGUGUCGAAGCCUGGCCAUCUUGGGUUGCCUAAAUGAGAUCGUGAUCCACACUCUCAUCAAGCAGCUCAAAGGGCAAAAUGAGGCGCGAAGGCUGGACACACUCAGAGGGUUACGUAUUGCUCUUAACUUCUGGAGUGCUGCCCCCCAAAACAAGAAGUGUCAAGUAUGGAAUGAGGGCAAACUGGUGUCUGUGCUACAGAAGUUGGUCAAGUUGGUCAAGAAAUGCUCAGAUGAGGAAGCCAUGGAGGCCGCCCUGUGUCUGGGCUUCCUGAGGCCCUGCAGCAACUUGGCACAGGAGUUUCUGCUGCAAUGUCUGCAUCAGGAGUCCAACACCAAGAUGAAGGCACUUCAGAUGCUGGUGCUGAUACUGAAGGUAAAAUCAGAAAUAGUCAUCAUGGCCAUCCUAGACCAGAUGAAUCAUUCUGUUUUCCUUGAGCACCGAAUUGAAGCUGCUCGCUUGCUCAAGAUAAUUGGGCUGGAACAGAUCCAGGCCCAGGGUCUAGAGAAACUCACAUUUAACCUCCUCAUGAAGAAGACACACAGUGAACCAUUCCUGGUUAUGAGACAGACCGCAGCUGAAACAGCAGAAGAGCUUAAGAUGCGACCAGCAAUGCUGAACUUGGUGGAGCUGCAAUUGCAGAGCAAAAACCCUAUUGUUCGCCAAGAAGCAAUCAUCUCUUUGGGCGUCCUGGGGAUCCGCAGCCAGCAUGUGUUCUACUUGCUUCUGGACCUGUUAGAUUUGGAAACAAACCAGGCUGUGAGGAAACAUCUACAAAAAACAUUAAUUCUGUUGGCCUCAGUUGACCCUUGGGUCCAAAACAAGCUUAAAAACAAGGUUUACUUAGAAUGCGAAGUGACACCUAAGGCCGAAACAUAUACACAGUCUAGGAGACAUAAGAUCCUAGAUGAGACCAAGUUGCUGGAGGACUCAAUUAUCAUCAAGUUAAAACAUGCAAAGCUGAGCCCCUUCUUUAUUGCCAAGUCCUCUGUCACAGCAGAAGAACAGAAAAGACUGAGUACCCAGAAAGAAUCUAAUUUCGACCUCUCAACCUUCUCAUCCAAUGAUUUUAUGCCUGCAAAACACAGGGCAUCUAAACCUGAGAGCCAAGGGCCAACAAACAGCUCUGAAACCUUGCUGAACUUCCAGAAAGAUUGA